GCGGGGCGCGGCCGUAGCUCCGUUUCCGGUGGCUCGUCGCGCUCGCUCACUCCAGCUGCAGCCACUCUUGCCCGUGGCUGCUUCCUCCAUCCUGGUAUUUUUUGGAGCCUCCAUCCUGGUUCUUCCAAAGUGCCCGGACCCAAAACAGGAAAGUAUUACAGAGGUAGGAACAUGGGGGAAAAACAGUCCGGAUAACAUGAAAGUGAUGCUGGUGACUAAAGAAAGGCGACGUGAUUCUGUGGGAAGGGCUGUAGCUGAUCCAUCUGUUUUCUAGAUUUGAGUAUGAGCACAGUUGAAGAGGAUUCUGACACAGUAACAGUAGAAGCUGUGAACUCGGUGACUUUGACUCAGGACACAGACGGGAACCUCAUUCUUCACUGCCCUCAGAAUGAAACUGAUGAAAUAGACUCGGAAGAUAGUACUGAACCUCCACAUAAAAGACUCUGUUUGUCUUCCGAGGAUGAUCAGAGUAUUGAUGAUUCUACUCCUUGCAUAUCAGUUGUUGCACUUCCACUUUCAGAAAAUGAUCAGAGCUUCGAGGUGACCAUGACGGCAACCACCGAAGUGGCAGAGGACGAGAUAACAGAGGGAACUGUGACACAGAUCCAGAUUCUCCAGAAUGAGCAACUAGAUGAAAUAUCUCCCUUGAGUAAUGAGGAGGUUUCAGCAGUUAGUCAAGCAUGGUUUACAACUAAAGAAGAUAAAGAUUCUCUGACUAAUAAAGGACAUAAGUGGAAGCAAGGAAUGUGGUCAAAGGAAGAAAUUGAUAUUUUGAUGAACAAUAUUGAACGCUAUCUGAAGGCACGCGGAAUAAAAGAUGCUACAGAAAUCAUCUUUGAGAUGUCAAAAGACGAAAGAAAAGAUUUCUACAGGACUAUAGCAUGGGGUCUGAACCGGCCUUUGUUUGCAGUUUAUAGAAGAGUGCUUCGCAUGUAUGAUGACAGAAACCAUGUGGGAAAAUAUACACCUGAAGAAAUUGAAAGGCUCAAGGAGCUCCGGAUAAAGCAUGGCAAUGACUGGGCAACAAUAGGGGCGGCGCUAGGAAGAAGUGCAUCUUCCGUCAAAGAUCGGUGCCGACUGAUGAAGGAUACUUGCAACACAGGAAAGUGGACAGAAGAAGAAGAAAAAAGACUUGCAGAGGUGGUUCAUGAAUUGACAAGCACUGAACCCGGUGACAUAGUCACGCAGGGUGUAUCCUGGGCCGCUGUGGCAGAACGAGUGGGUACCCGCUCAGAAAAGCAGUGUCGCUCCAAAUGGCUAAACUACCUAAACUGGAAACAGAGUGGAGGUACUGAAUGGACCAAGGAAGAUGAAAUUAAUCUUAUCCUCAGGAUAGCAGAACUUGAAGUAAUUGAUGAAAAUGACAUAAACUGGGAUCUCUUAGCAGAGGGAUGGAGCAGUGUCCGUUCACCCCAGUGGCUUCGGAGUAAAUGGUGGACUAUCAAAAGGCAAAUUGCAAAUCAUAAGGAUGUUUCAUUCCCCGUCUUAAUAAAAGGUCUUAAACAGUUACAUGAGAAUCAAAAAAACAACCCAGCGCUAUUGGAGAAUAAAUCAGGAUCUGGAGUUCCAAACAGUAAUUCCAGUUCCAGUGUACAGCACGUUCAGAUCCGAGUGGCCCGCUUAGAAGACAAUACAUCCAUUUCUACAAGCCCCAUGGCAGCCUUGCAGAUUCCAGUCCAGAUCACACAUGUCUCUUCAACAGACUCCUCCCCUGCUGCUGCUGUUGACUCAGAAACAAUAACACUAAACAGUGGAACACUACAGACGUUUGAGAUUCUUCCAUCUUUCCAUUUACAGCCUACUGGCACUCCCGGUACCUAUGUACUUCAAACAAGCUCAAGCCAAGGCCUUCCCCUAACUCUGACUGCUAGUCCUACAGUAACCCUGACCGCUGCUGCUCCUGCAUCUCCUGAGCAGAUCAUCGUUCAUGCUUUAUCUCCUGAACAUUUACUGAACACGAGUGAAAAUGUCACAGUGCAGUGUCACACACCAAGAGUCAUCAUUCAGACCGUUGCCACAGAGGACAUCACUUCUUCCAUAUCCCAAGCAGAACUGACAGUAGAUAGUGAUAUUCACUCAUCUGAUUUCCCUGAGCCUCCAGAUGCCCUAGAAGCAGACACUUUCCCAGAUGAAAUUCAUCAGCCUAAGAUGACUGUAGAGCCAUCAUUUAAUGAUGCUCAUAUGUCCAAAUUCAGUGACCAAAAUAGCACAGAACUGAUAAAUAGAGUAAUGGUCAGAACAGAAGAAAUCUCUGUUACUGACCUUAAACAAGAAGAAUCACCCUCCCAUUUAGCCCAUGCUUACGUUACUGAGGACUUAGUAUCUCCUACCAUACAAGAGCAAGUUGAUCAGACAAUUGAUGAUGAAACCAUUCUUAUUGUUCCUUCACCUCAUGGAUUUAUCCAGGCCUCAGAUGUUAUAGAUGCUGAAUCUGUCUUGCCUUUGACAACACUAACAGAUCCUAUACUCCAGCAUCAUCGAGAAGAAUCAAAUAUCAUGGGAUCAUCUUUGUGCAGCCCUGUUUCAGAAGACUCAAAGGAUGCUGAGGAUUUGGUACACUGUCAUUAAAUUAAGUCUUAGAAACAAACAGUUCAGACAGAGAAAAACUGUUAUUUUACAUCUCCAAAGAAAUAAGAGCAACCUCCAAGAGACUUAAUUUACCAUUUCCCUGGUUUUUAAAUAGCUACACUGCAUAAGCCCCCCCCCCCAUACAUUGUUGCUGCUAUGACAUAAACCAUUUAUGUAUAUCAAGUGAGGUCUAGUCUAAUGACAGUGUAUAGCUGAGUGAAAUAUAAGGGUCUUAACUGCAUAGAUUCCUGUGGUUGGUGUUACUCAUCAGCAGGGAAUUUCACUCGCUUCAGCAACUGAGGAAAGUUAAAAAUCACUAAAUCUUGAUUAAUUUGCUCUAAAAGCAGAAAUACUUAUCUCUGGAGAUCAGACAUGCCUCUAUCCAGUUCAGAAGUCACAUCAACAAGGUCGUGGUCUAGAACUUAACCAGUGACCUGUCCAAAGGAUAUCAUAGUUUGAGAGUUGACCAGUACACAGUACAAAGACAAGAGUGAUUGUGUGAGUUACUUUUCAUUUACCCAUUGCAGGCAGUGGGAGUAUAUUUAGGCUGCGUAAAAAGGAAAGCAUUAAAAGUUAAUCACUACAGGUGGUUUUAUUUUUUUUAAUACUUUUAAAGGGAAUAUGAAUUAGAGUGGUAACAGAACUCACCAGAGUUUUCACCUCCUUAGAAUAUUGUCACCAGUUUACAAAGUUAGCACUUUGAAGUAAAAUAAACUAUAUGGUAAAGGAGGGUUUGGUGCCUAUCGAUGCCAUUGCCAUUUCUUACAUGUUUUGCUAUCUAAAAUACCCAGAAAAUAGGUUUAAGAGGGCAUCAGAAUU